AUGUAAUUCUUAGACAUCACAAAUUUAGAAAAGAAUCUUUAAAAUUAAAAAGGCAAGAGUGUCGUUGAGGUUCCCAAGAGUCCUAAGAAAAAGACCCAGAUAAAUUACAUGGACAUGAGUAAUUUCAAGUUCGAUUGGAUUUGUUUGGAUGAGGAGGAAUUUGAAGUUAUGAACCAAGAUAACAUUAAAAGUUACGCCUUUACAAUUCAAGAAUAGUUCUUAUGGUUCUAAAAUCAACACACACACUUUUCUUACCCAUUGAAAGUGGAGCAUAAAAAUGUAAAUCUCACUUGAAUUUCCAUAGUUUACUGAGUCCUUAAAGAAGCACAAAAUAGACGAAUACAAAAGACACAGCUUGUUGUGUUGGAUGGGCUAUGUGAUGGGGAGUUACGAGAGUGCUUCGAAUGAAACAUACUUUUUAGCAAUCUCCAUCCUCGAUAAGUUUCUCUAACAGUAUCCAUUUGUCCUAACCAAUUAAGAACUAUUAGCAAUUGGUCUAUGUUGUUUGGCCUUGGCCUCAAAACACAAAGAUGUAUUUCCUUUAACUUCACAACAAUUGAUUUAAUUGAGUAACGAUAAAAUGGAUGAAACUAUGCUGACGAAAUGUUAAUUUACUAUUUUGGACACUCUUCAAUUUCAGGUCGAAGUCCCAAACUACUUCUAAAUUUUUGAUUAUAUAAUGAGAGAUUUAGAAUACAGAUAUUACAAGCAUAUAUCCUCAGACAUUGUAAAGAACUCAUUAGUUAGUAGACAAUUGAAGGUCAUCUAUAAGUGCAGUCUACAUUUAUUAAGAUUUGUCUCUCAAUAUUACGAUUCUACAAUCUUCUAUUAAGGUGCAAUAUCCUAUGGAUCCAUCUUUUACACGAUCAAACGCAUGGAAUUACUGAAGUUCUCCGUUCCCGUUGAUCUCAUCAAAGUCCUAUCAUUAAUACAAGCAGACUAAGAGAUUAAUAAUACAGAAAUCGUAUUAAAAUACAUAUAUCGAUUAUGCCAAAAUGGGAUGUCUGAAAAACAACAGGAAUUCUUUAGACAAACCUUAUUUCAGUAUUGA